UGUUUUGCCAUCACAUAGAAGUGCUUUCCAACUAUCCUGGCUUGAUUGACAUCCCUGGAAAAUGCAUUCAUUGUGUUCUUUCCUUUGCCAGAACAAUUGAAAUAUGAGUAUAGCUGGGUUUGCAUUUUUGCUGUUUUGCUGUUGCUUUACCAGAGUAUUGUAAUUUUAAAGUAGAACGGGUCACCUUUUACUGAUCAGGAGGAAGUAUGUUUCCUGUUUUUCUUUUUUUCACCUAAACCAACUAGCCACUGUUCUCAUGGUGUUCCUCAUGGAAAACAAAAAUACUGGGUUUGUUUGGGCAAAAAAGGCCUAAAAAGGGCCAGUGUGUUAUUGGAGGAAUAAAAGUGCCUAACAGAAUCUUUCUGUAGUUUCUAUCAAAGCACCGUGAGAGGUGCUUCAGCAGAACUGAGCCCUGCAGUAACAAGCAAGUGGCCGUGGUUGCUUUGAUUUAUAAAUGAGGCAGAGGAAGAAGAGAGCUGUUCCUCUCCCCAUUUUGUGGUGGUUGGUACUUGUCUGAGCCUAAGGCUUUUUUCCAACCUACAUCUCUUGUUUCCCAGAACAGGACAUUUUCACAGCCAGCUGCUGGGGGAGUGCUUUGAAGGACGGAGAUGUAGGAGCCUAAAAGUGUCGCACCUUGUCUCUCUCUCUCUCUUCUCUCUCUCUCUUCUCUCUCUCUCUCUCUCUCUCUCUCCAUGAAUCUGCACGUCAAAUGAUUUCAGCAGCGCAUGGCUCCAACUUUAGAGCUAUUCUGUAAUAGGAUUCUGAUACAUGGGUACUGCUGAUGCCUUCUGUUUUUAAUCGGUUUUCAGAGAGGGAAAGAAAAGUGAUUUUGUUCUCCUUUUUCUGAAAAAAGAACACUUAGCUCCUAGCAGAUUUUGUGAAUCAUGAUGUGACCCAAAUGCCUGAAGUGAGGGAUCUAAGUAAGUCCUGGUAAAGGGUACCAUGAAAGUUCCAUCUUUCAUUCAGCAUUUGUGUUGGCUAGUUUAUUCCCUUCUUCUACGAAGGCUACUUUGAGUUCUGUGAGUAUCACGUGUCCAAUGAUGUCUAAGUAAUGUUAUAAAUGAUUUGGUCUGAGGAGCUGAGAUGUGAGAUGUUGCAAUGUUCAUUAUCACACCUGCACUGCCUUAGACACAGCCUUCUAUUCUCUUGGCCAGCUGUUGUCCUCCCCAGCUUGGUGUUUGCUUGCUUUCUGGAUCUGCAUGCAAGGGAGGUGAAAGGCCGCUCUCAUUUACAGAGUCCGCUAAAAUAAGGGAAGGUACUGGAGCUGAUAAUCUGGACUCUGGCCCCCAUAAAACCAAAAAGGAACAGCAAAUUCUGUAUAGUGAAGCAGUAUCCUAUCCAAACUGAGAACGUUUGCCAAAGGAUCCCCACUCAAGAAAAUCCAGGCCUUUGUAUCUGUUCAGGAAAGCCUAUUUCUGGAGUUUCUGAAGAUGUCAGCAGAUCUACCAUUAAAUAUUAAUAUCAAGGAGCCCCGAUGGGAUCAAAGCACUUUCAUUGGGCGAGCCAGUCACUUCUUCACUGUAACAGACCCCCGAAAUAUUUUGUUAUCUGAUGCCCAGCUGGAAAGCGCAAGAAAAAUCGUGCAUGAUUACAGACAAGGUAUUGUAGCACCUGGAUUGACUGAAAAUGAACUGUGGAGAGCAAAGUAUAUCUAUGAUUCAGCCUUUCAUCCAGACACUGGUGAAAAGAUGGUCUUGAUUGGCCGAAUGUCAGCUCAGGUGCCCAUGAACAUGACUAUCACAGGUUGUAUGAUGACCUUUUAUAGAACGACACCAGCAGUGGUUUUCUGGCAGUGGAUUAACCAGUCCUUCAAUGCUAUAGUAAAUUACACAAACAGGAGCGGUGAUGCCCCAAUUACUGUCAGCCAGCUGGGAACAGCCUAUGUUUCUGCUACCACAGGUGCUGUUGCGACAGCUUUAGGACUUAAUGCACUAACAAAGCAUGUCUCACCUCUUAUAGGACGGUUUGUUCCUUUUGCUGCUGUUGCUGCUGCUAACUGCAUUAAUAUUCCACUAAUGAGACAAAGGGAACUCAAGUUUGGAAUCCCCAUCACAGAUGAGAAUGGAAACAGACUGGGUGAAUCAACAAAAGCAGCUCAGCAGGCAAUUACUCAGGUGGUUAUAUCAAGGAUCCUCAUGGCUGCUCCUGGCAUGGCAAUUCCUCCCUUCAUAAUGAACACACUGGAAAAGAGAGCCUUUUUAAAGAGAUUUCCAUGGAUGAGUGCUCCUAUUCAAGUUGGAUUAGUCGGAUUCUGCCUUGUGUUUGCAACUCCUCUGUGUUGUGCACUGUUUCCUCAAAAAAGUUCUAUGUCUGUAACACACUUGGAGCCAGACUUACAAGCAAAGAUCCAGGAGAACAGCCCUGAACUAGAACGUGUAUACUUUAAUAAAGGAUUAUAAUUCAAGGAAGGGAGAAUAUCUUA